UAAGGAUUUUUAGUUCAUAAAUUAAAUUUAAUGGGUGAAAUAGUUCCUAAUCAACUUUUUGUUGCUGGUUAUAGUCGUAAUAAAAUAUGUGGUGAUAAAGAUAUAAAGGAUAUCUUUAAAAAGUAUGGAAUAAUAAAAGAAGUGGCAUAUAAAGGAUCUUACUCAUUUGUAGUAUGAAAUUAUUUUGAAUAUUAAGACAUUUAAUAGUGAAUAAGAAGCAUAAGAAGCAUUGAAGGCAACAAAUGGAUCAACCUUUAAUGGAUAGAAAUUAAAAGUGGAUAUUGUAGACAACAGAAAAGGAAGAAAGGCCGGUCCAAAUGAUGAAGAUAAAUGUUUUAAAUGCAGUAAAGGUGGACAUUGGUAUAAAAAAUAAUAUAUUUUAAAGGGCUCGUAAUUGUCCUAAUGAAGGAUCACCAAGACGUAAUAGAAGAAGAUCGAAUUCACGAUCUAAGUAUAUAAAGUUAUAAUAAAGUAGGAGACAUCAUAGAAGAUCUGAUUCUAGAUCUUAUUCUUCACAUUCAUCAUCUAGAUCAAGAAGAAGACGAUAUCAAAAUAGAAAAAAGAGACAUAGUAGAAGUCCAAGAAGUCCAAGAAGAGAUAUAAGACAAAAAAAAAGAAGCACCACCCCUAGAAGAUCACCCUCCGAUUCAGGAUCCUCUAAAAGGAAAAAUUCAAUAUCUUGAUAAAAAAAGUGGGAAAAAAAUUUUAUUAACAAAAG